AUGUUUACCCAGCAACUCCCCUUUAUAUUUAAACCCUAUCCUUUCCCCUUGGCUCAUCUGUUCUAUCUGGGUGUGAGCCUCGUGCUGGUCCUGAGCUCCGGCUCCCUCCUCCUUUCUCUGCUGGCUGCCGUCCUGUUAGCUGCAGGCUGGCUUCUGAUGGACUCGUACUAUGUUCAGUACGUAGAGUGGUGUCUCAGGGAGGACCUGUGGGACAUACAGAAAACCUACAUGAAGAGGGAAGAGUCCCAUUUCUGGGUGGCUGAGUCUGAAGGGGAAGUGGUGGCCCUUGUAUCUGCCAAGCCCGCGUCCCACGAUGAGCGCAUGCUGGAACUGGCACGGCUGUCGGUCAGAUAGAGCCAUCGGAACAGGGGCAUUGCCAGAGCGCUGUCCGGGACAGUCCUUAGCUUUGCCCAGCAGUGUGGCUACAAGGCGGUGAUCCAUGAUGAAUCUGGAGGGCCAGAGGCUGUACCGGAGCCUGGGGUUCAGAGAGAUCUACCAUUUCUCUUUCAAAAAGCUAGUGGGAAAGAUAUUCGAGGAUAUUACUGUGAAAGUUACUAGUGACCCCCCUUAACAGCUAGCAGCCUUUAUGUCAUCCAGUGGCCAUUAGGGGAAAGCAAAUACCUCACUACACAGUAGCCUGAACUUUUAAACUGUCUUCUCUCCUCUGCCUUGAGGCAGAGG